AUGAGCGGCUUCGCGCGGCCCCGGCCCGGCAUGGCGCCGUCGGGAGAGGACGGCCUGUCCGUGUACCAGCGGUGGAGUCAGCGGAUGCAGGACAUCUCCGGGGACCGCGGCGUGCUCAAGGACGUCAUCCGGGAGGGCGUCGGGGAGCUGGUGACGCCCGACGCGUCGGUGCUCGUCAAAUAUUCUGGCUACCUGGAGCACAUGGACAAACCCUUCGAUUCCAAUUGCUUUAGGAAGACUCCACGGCUCAUGAAACUUGGAGAGGACAUUACGCUUUGGGGCAUGGAGCUGGGCCUCCUGAGCAUGCGCAGAGGAGAGCUGGCCAGGUUUCUGUUCACGCCCACCUACGCCUAUGGGGCGCUGGGCUGCCCGCCCCUCAUCCCCCCCAACACCACCGUCCUGUUCGAGAUCGAGCUGUUGGACUUCCUGGACUCCGCCGAGUCGGACGCGUUCUGUGCCCUGUCUGCGGAGCAGCAAGACCAGUUUCCGGUUCAGAAGGUCCUAAAAGUGGCAGCCACGGAGCGGGAGUUUGGCAACUACCUUUUCCGCCAGAAUCGUUUCUGUGACGCCAAAGCACGAUACAAGCAGGCCUUGCUGCUCCUGCACCGGCGGUCGGCGGCCCCCGGGGAGCAGCACCUGGUGGAGGCCGCCAAGCUGCUUGUCCUCCUCAACCUGUCUUUCACGUACCUGAAGCUGGAGCGGCCGGCCUCGGCCCUGUGCUACGGCGAGCAGGCUCUGAGCAUCGACGACAAGAACACCAAGGCCCUGUUCCGGUGCGGACAGGCCUGUCUCCUCAUGACUGAGUACGAGAAGGCCCGGGAUUUCCUCGUCCGAGCCCAGAAGCAGCAGCCCUUCAAUCAUGACAUCAACAGCGAGCUGAAGAAGCUGGCCAGCUGCUACAAGGACUACACGGACAGAGAGAGGGAGAUGUGUCACCGAAUGUUCGCGACGUGUGCCGACGGCCCGGCCGUGGCACAGCACUGA